CGGCGCGGCAUCUGGCGCGGGGCGCGCGGGCGGCGGUCGGCAUGCAAGAAGAGGGCCGCCGAGGACGGCCCUCAGCCCGCCAAGCGCUCCAAGACCUUCGAGGGGUUGCGGGGAUGUAAGGGUGGCGGUUUCGCGGAGGACUUGAGGGCGGCCGCCGACGCUGUGCCGGACUUCGUGCCCGUGCUGUCGUCCCCGUGCCCGGGCGGCCGCGUGGUGGCGUCCGUGCGCAAGGUGACCCUCAGCUCCGACAAGACGGCGCAGCCGCGCUGCGCGUGGUGGCAGCUGCAGCACGGCAGCCCGCCCGUCGGCCCGGUGGAGAGCGGCGCGGUGGACCUCUCGAGGCUGGACGACGACGUCGUCGCGGUCGCCCUGACCGCCGAGGUCGCAGGGGCCGGCAAGGAGAAGGUCACCGAGUGGGUCGAGGGCGGGGCGCAGACGGCGGGCAAGGCCCCCCCGUGGGUGGCGGCGCUGGCCUCCGGCGGGGAGGGCGGGGAGCUGGUGCGGCUGCGGCGGGCCGAGGGCCUGGCCGCGGGCAGCGCCUGGCUCGUGGCCGUCGUCGCCCGCGCGCCCGAGGGCUCCGGCUGGAGCGCCCAGGGCAUCGACGAGGUGUACCCGGCGGAGCGGUUGAGGGCCCUGCUGCAGCUGCGCUGCAAGGAGAUCGUGGCCGCGCCGCCGCCCGCCGAGGGGCGCAUUUGGGCGCGGCGGGUGUAUUGCCCAGCCGCGGUGCCCCGCGCGCGCAGGGACGAGUACGUCUAUGGCCUCGUGGUGUUGUCGCUGCCGGGGGCGGCCCGGGGGAAGAUUGAGAUGCUCAUGGCGUUUGCGGUGUCGAGGCUGCUAUACUGUGUCGAGACACUUUUCUUCCCCGGGCUGAGAGACUCCAACCCUUACCUCGCUUCUGUACUUUACAAGUUGACUGCGCACAUGCCAGAGGAAGAGGCGGACGACGACCUGCUCGUGACAGGCUCGACCGGCGUGCCCUGGCCCGAGGCGGACGCGGAGGACGUCAGCGGCCAACUGGUGCCGGUCGACGAAGACGUCACGGGCGAGCUGGGCCACACGGACAUAUUCCUGCUCACGCUGACCUCUGCGGGCGAGCUGGGCCCGUGGCAGAAGCAGCUGCGCUCACCCGGCGACCAGCGGCCCACCGCCGCGGCGGGCGAGGCGGCGGGGGGGCACGUGUACGUGGCGGGCGUCUCCUCGGGCAGCGGGCUCUCCCCGGAGCUGGGCGCCCCGCCACUCACGGCCUUCGGGGGCGAGGACGCGCUGCUGAUGAAGCUGAUCUGGGGGCGCGCGGCGGCGCAGUGCUUCCGGGGCUCGCCCUGCGAGGUGGGCAUCCCCGAGGGCCUGGGCCUGUCGCCGGGGGACGGCGCGGUGCUGGCGGCGGCGCGCUGCGGCCUGAACGCCUCCAUCCUGGCGGCGCGCACGGGGUGGCGUUGGGAUGCCGCUCCUGGGAGGUAUCCAGGGAUUCAGCAUUGGGUCGGCGAUCCUGAGCACACGUGUUAG